AUGCACAAACUGGAUUUGGCUAAUUUUCCUGUUACCGAAACCCUCAAGAUGCUUGCCUCGCUGUUGGAAAAGAUUACGAGCGCCAAUGACCAACUGAAAUCGUCGCAUAGCGUUAGCCAUUCUGAAACGUCUUCGUCUUCUUCAACGGCAGUUACCACCACCCCGUCUUUUACGCUCUAUUUUGAUCGGAUGUCAAAGAAUGCCUCUGCAUCGAACUCGGGGAAAAGGUUUUCCAUCGACUCUUUCAACAUUCAUCGUCUGAUAAUUGCCGGCAUCAUGGUGUCCUCCAAAUUCUUUUCCGACGUAUUCUUCACAAACUCGAGAUACGCAAAGGUGGGAGGGCUACCGGUUUCGGAAUUGAAUCAGCUCGAAUUAGAAUUUCUUAUACUGAAUGACUUUCGUCUAGCAAUUACGGUGGAUGAACUUCAACGUUAUGGCGAUCAAUUACUCAAACAUUGGACAAUGGAAGAGGGAUCGAGACAAGGUGGGAGCAUAUACGAAAAUAUGCGAUAUCCAAAUGGGAUUGGCGUCAAUAGAUGGGAUUCAGGAAUGGAUAAAAACAAUGCACAAUAUAAACGAACGCGGCGUUUGCAUUCUAUUGAUGACUCAAACACAAGCAAAGGAGGGGGAUCGAAAGCAAUAAAAGAAGAAGAGCAAUCGGAGAAUUAUCGUAGUCAUAGAAGAGAGAAUAGUUUUUCUUCAACAAGAUCGUUGAACAUUCCAUAUCAAUCUUCAUUAACAUCAUCUCCUCAACAAUAUUCGACACACUUGUCUAAAACACCACCACCAGGAUCAUCACCUUCCACAUUUACAUCCACUUUAGGUGGACCACAUCCUCCCUCAAUAAAUGGCUCACCUAUGAACUCUCCAUUCACACACCAUCCACAUUACCACCAUUUACACAAACAAUAUCCUCACCACCAAUCACAGCAUCAUCGUUCGGUGAGCUUAGGUUCUACCAUAAAACGUGCUAAUAGCAGCGGUUCUUUACUGAGUAGAGCGCGGGAUUUGUCAGAGGAUCUGCAUCAAUAUCAUCAAAGACAUUCAUCCCCUAAGCCAAUGAAUCCCGAAGAACAUGUUUAUCGAAAUGCAGCACCCUCUCCUUAUUACCCUGGAACAUCAAUACCAUCGUCAUCAAUAUCUUCUAAUGGUAGAGGUGGUCCGCAAAAUUUGGUAACCCCAUCGCCCACUCAUAAGAUUACGAAUCUUAUGAGGCGAAUGUCCCACGAUUCACCUGCAAAUUUAUUCCAAUAUCCAACACCGUCUGCUUAUCAUUAUACGGCAUACCCACCUCCAUCAACACAGUCGCUGCCCACCACGCCGGUCUCAACCUUACCACCUCCGUCCUCGAGCAUAUCAUUUAAUCCUGCCGCUAUUGGUAGUGUCACAAAUUCUGCUGCAGUUGCCGCAUUGGGUUACGCUCGUAGAGCGUCACUCGUCUUACCACCGUUGCCUCGUCACCUCGGACUUCACAAUAAUGUAUCUUCAUCGAUAUCAACGGUUGCUCCUGAAAAUAUAGGAGGUUCUGGUUUGGUGAGACGUGGAUCCAUUCCCUCGUGGAAUGGAUGUAGUCUUUCGAAUGGUGGGAAUGGUAAUGGUGGGAAUGGACCUUCAUCAUUAUUAUCCUCAGUAUCUACCAAUCCUGUGAAUGGAAGUGGUUCUCCAUCCACCGAGCUCACGAGAAAAGGCAGUUGGGUGAUGGUUACCAAUCAUUCUCAAUCAAAUAAUUCAAGUAUUGGACAGCAUAAUAUCAAUAAUCAUGUGCAUCAACUUAAUCAUCAACAUAAUAAUCACAACUAUCACGCUCAUCAGCACAUCCAACGCCAGCAGAAUCACGGAUCCGGCAAUAAAUCUAGAUCAUCCUCAUCUGAUUCUAGCCAUUCUUCAUCGACUACAGGUUCGGCUUCAGACACUUCUGGAAGUCCUUCGAUCGCGGUUUCACGUGGAGCAACGAACGAUGGUGAAAAUCGAAGUAUCGAUGGUACAAAUAAAACUCUCGAUAAUUAA